AUGGAGCAAGCCGACGCAAACCAGAUGGAUAUUUUUGCGGACGUUGACCCGCGUCGAUUAUCGCAAAAUCGUGCCAGCGUACCAGGCGUGUCUAUGCCAAAUUUCGCGCAUCGAGAAGGAGCAUCAGUAGUACCGCCGAUGAUAAUCCAGCCGCCAUCGCAGCCUACGUCGACGCCAUCGCAGCCUACGUCGACGCCAUCGCUAAACAAUGCGUCACCAGCCAUCAUUAGCAGCGCGGAUAGUGCAACGAUGCUGCAAAUGACGAAUUUGCUUCAACAGCAAAUGACACAGCAGCAGCAGCUGCUUAAAGAUUUUCUUCACGCGCGCAUGCCGAGCCAAUGCGCCCCACCCACCACCUUGCAGCCUGAACAAAUAAUUGAUACUCUGUCUCACCACAUUUCAGAGUUUCAAUACAACAAGGAGACUGGUAUAACCUUCAAAAGCUGGUUUUCACGCUAUCUCGACCUGUUCCAGAAGGACGCGGCAAGGAUCGACGACGCAGCCAAAGUGCGAUUGUUGCUGCGCAAACUGGGACCAUCCGAGCACGAUCGCUACUUAAGCUUCAUCAUGCCGAGCCGCCCGCCGGAUUUUUCACUCGAGCAGACUGUGGAAAAACUUACAUGCCUGUUCGACACCCAAGAAUCGCUGCUGAGCAAGCGGUUCAAAUGCUUGCAGAUCAUGAAGACGCGGACCGAGGAUCAUCUCAGCUAUGCGUGUCGGAUUAACAAGGCGUGUGUCGAGUUCGAGCUGAAGAAGUUGAACGAGGAAGAGUUCAAGUGUUUGCUGUACGUGUGCGGGUUGAAAGACGAGAUCGACGCAGACAUCAGGACGCGACUGCUAGCCCGCAUUGAGGAUAAGGCCUGCGUGACCUUGCAACAGCUUUCUUCAGAGUGCUAUCGGUUAAUCAACCUGAAAAAGGAUAGCGCAAUGAUCGAGGCACCGGUACCAGAGCGUGUUCUAGCAGUAAACACAAAAAUGCAUCGCGCACCACGUCAGUUCCAACCCAAGCGCGACAAUCCUACUACCCCUUGUUGGUCGUGCGGAGGGCUGCAUUGGAGCCGCGAUUGCCCGUACAAGCAACACCGAUGCACAACAUGUUCCCGGACGGGCCACAAAGAAGGCUAUUGCAACACCAUAAGAUCCCGUAAGCCCGGCAAACGCCCCUGGAAGCAGCGUAAAACACAAUUAAGGAUGGUGACAGUGAACGUCCAGAGUGUACAGCAACGGCGCAGAUUCGUGUCACUUACGAUGAAUGGUACACCGGUUCGUAUGCAGUUGGACACGGCUUCCGACAUUACUGUGAUAGAUCACACAACGUGGAAGCUCAUUGGCAGUCCCCAGUUAGCAGCACCAUCCGUAAUCGCUAGAACCGCCUCAGGUGCUGAUGUUAUCGAAGCGUUUGCUCUAUGGUCGGUUCAGAUGGACAGUUUUUGCUGCCACGUUACAGGUACGUCUACCACGCCGAAGCAAUGGCAAGAACGGUUCCCAACAGUCUUUCAAGGAAUAGGCCUAUGUAAAAAGGCAGGGGUUACCUUGACGCUGAAAGACAACUGCCGUCCAGUCUUUCGUCCAAAAAGACCCGUUGCAUACGCUAUGCAAGAGCCUGUAAAUCUAGAGCUUGAUAGGCUAGAAAAGUUGGGUAUAAUAACACCUGUAAAGUUUUCUGAAUGGGCAGCACCGGUAGUAGUGGUUAAGAAGGCAAACGGAAAAAUUCGGCUAUGUGGCGAUUAUUCCACUGGGUUGAACGAAGCGCUAAGACCACAUGAUUACCCGUUACCACUUCCAGAGGACAUAUUUUCAAGGCUGUCCAACUGCACCAUGUUCAGCAAAAUCGACUUAACGGACGCCUUUCUCCAAGUCGAAAUCGAUCCUCAAUACAGACCGCUACUUACCAUAAAUACGCAUAGAGGCUUGUACCACUACAACCGCCUACCGCCCGGCAUCAAAGUUGCUCCUGCUGCCUUCCAGCAACUUAUGGAUACAAUGCUCGCAGGGCUUAAGGGCGUAUCAGGAUAUCUUGACGAUAUCAUCGUAGGAGGAAGUAGCGAACACGAGCAUGACACAAAUUUGGCAGAAGUAUUACACAGGCUUCAAGAAUAUGGAUUUACGAUACGAGCCGAUAAAUGUGCUUUUAAACAGCAGAAAAUCACGUACCUUGGACACGUGAUCGAUAGCCACGGACUACGACCAGAUCGUCAAAAAAUCGAGCUUAUAAAGAAGCUCCCUGAACCGAAAGACAUAUCCGGUGUGAGAUCAUUUCUGGGAGCAAUUAAUUAUUACGGGAAGUUCAUCCCGAAUAUGAGGAAGCUGCGAUAUCCGUUAGACAAUUUGCUUAAGGCAAAUAAUUCAUUCUGCUGGACGCCAGAAUGCAAAAAGUCGUUCGCAACGUUCAAGUCUCUCCUAUCGUCCGACCUACUUCUAACGCACUAUGAUCCACGGCAGAAGAUAAUCGUUUCUGCAGACGCUUUGUCCAUCGGCCUUGGCGCAACGAUUAGCCACGUGUAUCCUGGAGGUGCAAUGCGCACUUCGACUUCGACUGCCUAA